UCUCUCACAAUUCCCUCUUCACUUCUCUCUCUCUCUCUCUCUCUCUCUCUGUGAUUCUUUUGCUAAUGGCUUCCGCUGAAGCUUCUUCGAUUGCCCCAACGCCAUUGUUGAAAGAUGAGCUUGACAUUGUGAUCCCCACAAUCAGGAACCUCGACUUCCUUGAGAUGUGGAGGCCAUUCUUUCAGCCUUACCAUCUCAUCAUUGUCCAAGAUGGUGACCCUUCGAAGGUCAUCAAAGUCCCUGAAGGCUUUGAUUAUGAACUCUACAACCGCAACGAUAUCAACAGGAUUCUGGGUCCUAAAGCUUCUUGCAUUUCCUUCAAAGACUCAGCUUGUCGUUGCUUUGGCUACAUGGUGUCCAAGAAGAAGUAUAUCUACACAAUUGACGAUGACUGCUUUGUUGCUAAAGACCCAUCUGGCAAAUCAAUCAAUGCACUUGAGCAGCACAUCAAGAACCUUCUCUGCCCGUCCACCCCUCAUUUCUUCAAUACCCUGUAUGAUCCUUACCGUGAAGGUGCAGAUUUCGUCCGUGGAUAUCCAUUCAGUCUCCGUGAGGGUGCCAAAACUGCUGUUUCUCAUGGCCUCUGGCUCAACAUCCCUGAUUAUGACGCACCUACACAGCUCGUGAAGCCUCGGGAGAGGAACACUAGGUAUGUGGAUAUGGUUCUGACAAUUCCAAAGGGCACCCUGUUCCCCAUGUGCGGUAUGAAUUUGGCAUUUGACCGUGAGCUUAUUGGCCCUGCAAUGUACUUUGGUCUCAUGGGUGAUGGUCAGCCUAUUGGACGCUACGAUGAUAUGUGGGCUGGCUGGUGUGUCAAGGUGAUAUGCGACCAUUUGGGUUUGGGAGUGAAGACUGGCCUUCCCUAUAUCUGGCACAGCAAAGCUAGUAACCCAUUUGUGAAUCUGAAGAAGGAGUACAAAGGCAUCUUCUGGCAGGAAGAGAUCAUUCCAUUCUUCCAAUCAGCUGUUCUUCCAAAAGAAUGCACCAGUGUUCAGCAGUGCUACCUUGAACUUUCCAAGCAGGUUAAGGAAAAGCUCAGUAAGGUAGAUCCUUACUUCGACAAGCUGGCAGAUGCAAUGGUCACAUGGAUUGAUGCUUGGGAUGAGCUAAACGCUGAAGGAGCAUCAGCCCAACUAUCCAAUGGCAAAGCUUAAUAGAUUUUUUGAUUGACUGCCAAUGCCCAUUAUUUUACUACUAUAUAGUAACUGGAACUAUUGGUAGUUAUAGUCAUUGUGAUGUUUAAUUAUCCGCUCCCUGACCCAUUUGGUCCUCCCUUGGAUUUUGCCGAUUGGUGGGUGUAAUUUUAUAUUUAUUUACUUCAUGCUAUGAGCUUUAGAUCAAUAAAAUAUAGUUGAUUUUACCAUUAA